AUGCAACGUGAUAUCUUGCGCGACCUGGACGAGUUGUGGAGUAUCAUAAAUUUAUGGAAAGAGUCGUGGAACCCAAUGAGUAAUCGCUGGACGAGACUCGAAUGGCAGCAGUUAUAUGGAAGCUGUCUGCUUCCUGCCGGAUAUGAGAAUGUUUACUGCCGUUCACGUUAUUGGUUUUAUCGCGGCCGACGGAACUGCAGUGCUGUCGUGGUUGCGCAGGACGCCAUGCAACGUGAUAUCUUGCGCGACGUGGACGAGUUGUGGAGCGCGAGUGGCAACGGUCGUCGCUCAGCAGGCAUGGCAGGGGGCUCAGCUGCAGCACGCACGGCAGAAGCGGAAGCGGCAAGGAAGACGCCAGUUUGGCGUGCACGGGAUGGCGGAACUGCCCGUUGUCGUCGACGCACAGGUCGGUUAUAG